GGAGAAGCCUAGCAGAGGCCCUAGACAGACUCUCAAGGCGGGCUGAAAGGCCAUGUUUUACUUUGCUGGGUUAGUAGCAUGCUCGCCCGGCUGACGAUCUCUUAUCGAGCCGCUGCAUGUCUUGGGCAAAAGGCUUUAAUUCGUAACUGGGAGGUGUCCAACCGACACAAGUCAAGGGUCCAAUUCCUUCUUCUCUGCCCUUUUUGUUUUCCUUGGUUUUAUCUCUACAUCUAUUCUUUUUCUCUUCUGUGAUUUUUGCGUUUGCGAGUAGUGUUUUGUAUUCUUGAUUUGCUUGAAGCGAGUAACCUUGAAUGAUCUGACCGUGCUCUGGCUGGCUGGCUUUGUUACUAUGAGUGAAAAGGCGACCGUAGAGGCAACGCCUCUCAUACGAGGACGACUUCAACAACGACCACGAAAGUCACAUCAUUCCACCAUCUUAGGCCUUUUGGCCGCUGUUUGUCUUGUCACAUUCUUCCACCGCCGACCUUUUCCUUACCCAGUGAACAUAGAGGAUCCAGCAGACAAGCCAUGGACUUGGAGCGAUGUCGAGCCAAGCCGAAAACUUCAUUGGGAACCGUGCUAUGAGAACUUUGAGUGUGCAAGACUUGACGUCCCAAUGGACUGGCUUGCGCCCUCGGACGAUAAGAGAGUUGUCCUUGGUGUUAUCAAGCUACCGGCCAAGACAAAUGACAACCCUGUUUCUCCGCUCUUUGUGAAUCCUGGAGGACCUGGCGGAUCGGGAGUUAACUUUGUAAGAAAAGAGGGACAUAUCCUGCAAGCAGCUGUCGGUAACAACCAUGACGUUAUCAGCUUCGAUCCUCGUGGAGUCGGCGUCUCUACACCUCGAGUUGAAUGCUGGGGCUCUUCUCAAAAGAGAAAGCUAUGGAGUCUCCAAGACACACCCGUUGCCGACGAACACCCAGGUCUUAUCUACGAUGCCUAUGCCCGAGCAUCUGCCUACUCGGGAACUUGUGAGCAGGCUAUGGAGGAAACUGGUCUUCUGCCGUUCCUCGGUAGUGCAUCCAUCGCUCGAGACAUGCUAGAGAUUCUUGACAAGACAGGUAGUGAGAAGCUACGAUACUGGGGAUUCAGCUAUGGCACUAUUCUUGGUGGCGUUUUUGCUGGACUAUACCCUGAGCGUGUUGAGAGACUGGUCAGCGAUGGAAACGUUGACUAUCACGACUGGUUCAACUUGGAUCACGGCAACUUUGUCUCUGACACAGAUAUGAUCUUCGAUGGAUUCGACAAAGCGUGCCAUAAAUCCGGGCCCCUCAAAUGUGCCUUCUAUGCAGACUCGCCAAAAGCAAUUGAGGAACGUCGAAGCAAUCUCCUCGCCCAUCUCAAAAAGUCGCCUGUUCUCGUUCCAGCCUGGACUCACGAUUCUGGCCCUGAACUACCUCUCCUCGUCACCUAUUCCCAUAUUCAACGCCUUAUCCAAACAUCCAUUUAUUCUCCGCUAAAGAAGUUCCCUCAACUUGCUCGUGUAUUCGCUUCCUUAGAGCAGGGCGAUGGAAUCCCCUAUUAUGAGAUGGUCAUGGAGGGUAAAAACAAGAGCCUCAAUGGAGAUAUGUGCGAACUGGGGGAAACUCCUGCAACCAUGCCCCUCGAGACCUCUAUGGGGCUUGACGCUUUCCCUGCUAUCAUGUGUCUGGACUCGAAGCCUGUGACAGAAACACCACAGGAGAUUGCAGAAUAUUUCGACAGAAUCACACACAAGAGUCGUUGGGCGGGGGCAGUCAACUCCAAUUUCCGAGUGUCCUGUGUUGGAAGAAAGACAAGACCAAAGUGGAAGUUUACAGAUGCCGACUUUAGGGGUGAUACAGCCCAUCCAAUUCUAUACAUUGGCAAUAUGGCAGAUAACGUGACGCCUUUGCAGAGUGCGUUUAACAACUCUGCCAAAUUCCCCAGCUCAGUUGUCCUCAAGCAGAACUCCUACGGUCAUUGUUCGCUGGCGGCGCCUUCAGCAUGCUCCCUUACCUAUAUCCGAGAAUACUUCCAGAAGGGCACAUUGCCUCCUGCUGGUGCCGAGUGUGAUUCCGAUUAUGACCUUUUCGAGAUGCCUGGGUUGGAAGAAGAUGUGACUGGUUUGGAUGAGCUCAGGUCGAUUGCGCUCAAGCUGUCAAAGGAGGUUGAGCUUCCCAAGGCCUUCUGAGAAGGUAAUGGUUUCCUUGCCCUCAGACUUACGAGCCUCGGGAAGGUUCAGUGAAACGAGAUGAAGCAUUAGUUCUCUCAAGCGGAGAGUUGUGGGCAUGACUAGAAAGAUAUGAAAGACGCGAGAUUUAAAUCAAGAAAGUAACUAGUAAGAUCAACCCAUAUAGCUCUAAGCCUUCUAACCCCAAUCCCAAACGUCCCGCUGUCAUUGUCAAG